UCUUAUAGAGUGUGACUCGCAACUUUGAAAACAAAACGACAUGCCGUUUACGAUUUCUCGAAUAUAGUUGCCAUCAACAUCAUCUUCUUCAACCCCAUGGCGAUAAUUGAACUAUACCCCAAAUUCUUCUUCACUCAAAACCCAAUUCCUAAACCCUUCAAAAACCCUAAUUUCAAUCCCAGAAACACCGCAUUCAACCCAAUCGCUCAAAUUUCCCACCAACCAAUAACCACCACUCCAAACCGCGGCAUAAUCUUCCGAGAAAAAGUUCUAUACCUCGAAAAACUCAAAGUAAAUCCACAAAAAGCCUUCAAACAAAACCCCACCCUCCGAACUUGUCCUCUCCGAACCCUAAAAUCUGUCGAACAAUGCCUCUCAUCAAUCGGCAUACACAGAACCGAAAUGGGUCGAAUCCUCGACAUGCUUCCUGCACUUCUCACGUGCGAACCACACAACGACAUUUACCCCCUUCUCGAUUUCCUCCUCAACGAGGUUCAAAUCCCUUACCACGAUGUUCAAAAAUCAAUCUUGCGGUGUCCUAGGUUGUUGGUGAGUAGCGUAGAGAAUCGAUUGAGACCCGCGCUCUGGUUUUUGAGGGAAUUAGGGUUUGUUGGGCCGCAUUCUCUCACGUGCCAAACUACUUUGCUUUUGGUUUCUAGUGUGGAGAAUACCCUUUUGCCUAAAGUUGAGUUUUUGAUGGGUUUGGGGUUCACACGUGUGGAGGUUUCGAAUAUGGUUGUUAGGUCUCCGGGUUUGUUGACUUUUAGUGUGGCGAAUAAUUUGGGUCCGAAAGUUGAGUUUUUCUUGAAUGAGAUGAAUGGUGAUGUUGCUGAGUUGAAGGGGUUUCCUCAGUUUUUCUCUUUUAGCUUGGAGAAGAGGAUUAAGCCGAGGCACGCCGAGUUAGUUCGGCUUGGAUUGGCGAUUCCUCUGCAAGAGAUGUUGCGGGUUAGUGAUGGCGAGUUUGAUUCCAGGUUGUUUGAGUUGCGGUUAAGGGAAAUUGAGGGAAGAAGAUAAGGGUAAUUGUAGUUGUUGUUUUUUUGUAGGAUGAGAGAUAUAGAAUUGUCACUGUUUAAUGUUAUUUUAUAACAAAUGUAUAUGCAUAGCUAGGAAGUUGUGUUAGAGAAAGAACAGAAUAACCAUGAAUCAGUGAUGUUCACUGAAUAAUGUAUAAUGGAUCCCCUUAUGUGAUAAUGCUCGCUUGACUACCCUGCAAGUUAAUUCAGUAAAUGCAUUUUGUCUUUGCAGUUAUAUUGAUAAUUAUGUUGGGUGUAUUCUGAAGUUGAUAGUGUGAUAGUUGUUCAACUAUUCAAGUGUUGAUUAAUUAACAAAAACUAGAUUGUGUCAAUGUAGUUAGUUCCCUGUAAAGGAAAAAGGUGUUCUGGAUGCUAAUGGGCAAGAAUAGUUUCUGCCAAUAAUUUUUGAACUUUAUGGAAUGUAAUAUCACAUGACGAUAGGUAUAAUUGUUGUAGAGCAAUGGAGUGUAGAUGUAUUAACAAAGAGAACAAGGGGUAUUCAAUCCAUUACACAUAGCCAGAAAUAAAACAAUCUAAUAAAAGAAAAUGGAAUGAAGGAAACAACCCUUCCUUCUUUUCCUUGAGAGCCAAGCUCACUCUGACAGAGAGAUCACUUCUAUGUACUAGCUGUUAUUUUCUGCAUAACUGCCUACCCACUAACCAGUCCCAUUUACAUAUAGGACUCUAGCACAAAAACUGCUCAAGACACCUCUCCCUUUUCUGCCACCUCAUCUUUCUCUUUCUUCCUAGCAUGCACUUUCCAUAUUUUAGGAACACUGUGUGGACUACUAGCCACUUCAUCAUUUCUCUUAUAUGUCUCACUAACUCCAUCUAUACUAGGGGUGGCAAACGGGCAUGUCCGCCCCGUUUAGGCCCGCCCCGCAAAAGUCCGCGAAAAAAUGGGGCGGGGUGGGGUAGGCAUAUUUGAUUGUGCGGGCCUAAAAUCUUUCCCCGCCCCGCAAAAAGUGAGGGCAGGGCGGGAAAAGUCCGGGGGCAUUGAACCUUUUAGGUUUAAAAAUAGUAAAAUUGUAUGAAAAAGCUAAUGCCCGCAAAAGCCCGCAAAAAAACGGUGCGGGGCGGGGCGGACAUAUUAAAGGGAGUGGGC